AUGGACGGAGAUCUCAAGAGGGAUUUGAAGACAGUGAGAGAUAAGAUCAGGAAAGGGAUUAAAGAUGUGAUUGAUACGUUGCAGGUUACUAAGUUGGAUGGUUUGGUGAAGAAUGAUUUGGGGGAUUUGAGGCAGAGCAUUAUGGAUCUUCAAAAAAAAGUGAAGGAUAAGGGUGACGAAAAUGACAAUAUAGUUGCACAGCAAUUUAAGGAUCUUCAGUCUGCAAAAACGCAACUUGAAGUAGUUACUGGUAAGGAUAAGGGUUCAAUUCAUCAGGCGGUGGAAGAUCUUGACAAUAAGUUUAGCAGUGAGAUCCAUAGUCCGCUAAGCAAUGCGGUCGGUGAAGUUGACAUGGCGAUUGGGAAGCUUGGCGAGAAGUUUCAGUUGACGGACGGUAAAAAAGAGAAACUUGGAGAGAUUUUCGGGCAUAUUAAAGAAAAGGUUGGGGAGAUUAAGGGGCAGGAAGGUAGAGGUUGGAAAAAUACAGGCGCAUCAGGGCUGGAGGGAAUUGUCACCGGGCUGGUCAACAGCUAUGCCAAUGGGUUUACCGGAUGGGAGUUUAACAAAAGAGUGACAGGAUGGUUGGAAAAAACAAUCUUGCCGCAUAACGGCUUGCUGAAGGAUAAGUUUGCGGUGCCUUUAAAUGGGAAACUAGAAACCACUAACCAGAGCAUCGCCGAGAAGAUUAGGGAUAAGCUUCAGGAUGAUGUUGGCGUCAAAAUGGAAGGUGCGGAUUUUCCCUCUGAUGCAAAGGUUCAGAAAACUGCCACCGCUGUCAAACAGGCCUGCGAGAACUUUGCCAAGGAAAUUGAUGCUAAACUCGAGGAGGGAGGAAAUGGAAGCGUAAUAGUCGGGAAGGUGAAGGGUGAGUUGAAGAAUUACAGUUACGUCAAAAACUCAAAAUGCAUCUGCGACUGCAGCAGCUGCAACAGCAACGAUGAAUGUAAGAAAACGGUUAUUGUCGCCGCCAUCCUGUGUGCCCUCUCCUCUACAGUGAGACAAGUGGGCAACGAAAUUGACUCUAUCCUCCUCAGCACCUACAGGGUGGACGGCAAAUCAAUGGCACAGGAAUUAGACAAAGUGGUUGAGGAGACUAGAAAACUUGAUGAGCAGCUUACCCAGGCAACUAAACCCGGCAAGUCACCUCCCAGCCAAGACACUGAAAUCCCCGCCCAAGCCGUGGACAGUACGUUCGGCAAGGUGAAGAAAUUUGUGAGUGAAACAAACAAUGGUGAUAAUAUUACCGAAAAGUUCAAAAGUAAAGUAAUAGAUGAACUUCAAAAGAAAGUUCAAGAACUUCCUGAAGCCGUUAACCAGUUCGACAGUGAAGCUCAGAAACAGAUCAGGGCUGCGGCCACGACGGCGAUUACAAAGGCGGCUGGGCAAAUCAAGAUGGACAAGAGUGGUCACAUAGAAUUCAGUGGCGAUUUUAUGAAGCAAUUUAAUGACACCUACACUCAAAUGAAAACAAAGCUCCCAAAGGACCUUCAAUCUCUGGUUGAUACGCACAUUGGGCAGGAUGACACGGCAGGUGGUAAAAUUAAUAUUAAAGAUACAUUUCACAGUUACAAUUCUCACGUUAAACAAGAUUCAGAUGGCCUUAAGAUCGGAACCCUAAAAGGCCAGUCAUCCGAAGGCCAACUUCCAGAGGCGAUCGGGAACAUCAAGACUCGGGGUCUGGCGGAACUUGAAAAAACUAUUGGUAGCAAUGACAGUGGUCCUAUAAAUACAAAAACCUUCGAUGAGCCGUUCGACAAAAUUCAGACAGAGCUUGACGAGAUCAAGAAAUUGGUUAAUCACAAUGGUGGAGCAAGUUUCCUAACAAAGGCAACAGAGGAAAAAGGCAUUAAAAAUCUGAUGUAUGAUCUCAUUCAGUUGCUAAACAAAGGAUCCUGGGAUUAUGGCGUAUAUAGCCUUGAGACAAUCAAGUCAGCGAUUAACGAUCUGCAACAGAAUCAGUUCACUACUCAACCCGAAGCAAUUGACAAAGCCGUCACCGCAAUUAAGGCAGAGCUUGGAGAGCUUAGAGGGAAGUUGAAGAAUGGUAAUAAAGGCGACGACGUCAUUGAAAGGUUGAAUGAUUUGAAAAACAAAGAUCUUGUGAAUGAACCAAGUUGGAAGACAAUCACUGGUGGUCAAAAUCUCAGUGGUCUUGGGAAAAUCGAAGACCGCAAAAUUAAGAAUGAGAUUGUCACAACAAGGGAACGUUCCCGCAGCCGUAAAAGCAAUUAG